GGCCAUUAGUGUACGACAUCCAUGAAAAUGAGAGAUUGAAAAUAUACUAAUAGAAACCGAUUAAGAAAGAAAGAGAGAGAGUCUCUACCACCACCAUAUCUCUUCUUUUCUUCCCUUUUUCCACACAUUGUCUAUUCAGAUUCGACCCUUUUUCCAGAAAUUUCCGAAACUUUGCAGCCGCCGCGUCUUUUGGGGUUAUUGGUGCUGGUGAGAAUUAGAAGAAUGGUGUCUCCGGAGAACACGAACUGGCUCAGUGAUUACCCUUUGAUCGAUGGUGUUUUCUCUGAUCAGAACCCUUCUUUUCCAUGGCAGAUUGACCAAAUCGAUGGCUCUGCUAGUGUCAGUGUUGAAGUUGAUGGCUUCCUUUGUGAUUCAGAUGUGAUCAAAGAACCAGGCUCAAGGAAAAGGAUCAAGUCUGAAUCUUGCGCUGGUGCUACUAGCUCGAAAGCCUGUAGGGAGAAACAAAGACGUGAUAGACUAAAUGACAAGUUUACGGAACUGAGUUCCAUAUUGGAACCUGGGAGACUUCCAAAAACAGACAAGGUUGCUAUUAUCAAUGACGCAAUUCGCAUGGUGAAUCAAGUCAGAGACGAAGCACAGAAAUUGAAGGACUUGAAUUCAAGCCUCCAGGAGAAAAUCAAGGAGCUGAAGGAUGAGAAGAACGAGCUGCGUGAUGAGAAACAGAAGCUGAAGGCUGAGAAGGAGAGAAUCGAGCAGCAACUGAAAGCGAUUAAGACACAGCCUCAGCCUCAACCUUGUUUCUUACCGAACCCAUCAACACUGUCUCAAGCUCAAGCCCCUGGAAGCAAGCUUGUCCCUUUCCCAACUUACCCGGGCUUUGCAAUGUGGCAGUUCAUGCCUCCUGCUGCAGUUGAUACCUCACAGGACCAUGUCCUUCGUCCUCCGGUUGCUUAAGAAGCUGCCUCUCUCUCUCUCUACUUAUUUGACGGUUCACGUUUCUUCUUACUCGCUUUUUUUUUUUAUUCUGAUGUAAUGAUUCUCACAUUGUUGUGAUUGGUAGACACAAUCCUAUGCAACUUUAAUUGAAACUGUGAUUAUCAUGCGGCUAUUUGCAUGUAAAUGGAAAUAAGCAUUCGCUAAAAAAAGACUGUUUUUACACAAAU